AGGACGCAAACAGACCCUUCUAGAUUUUCUACGAUAGGGUCUCUGAAUUAUAAUAAAAGUAGCUCUGACAAUGUAAACUUCGUGAGAGUUACUCCUCUGUUGUGGACAGAAUUAACGUUCGCCUUACAGUGGGGUUUCUUAAACCUGGAUUAACUGAUGAUCCAAAAAUCCUCCCCUUCCUAGUUCACCUUAAAUCUCUAUUGAUCAUUUGAUUUCGCAGUGGCAGGUGCUCUAAAAGUUUGCCACGCACAUUUUAAAAUCUACAAUGGACUUGCUCAUGAAUGUCCAAUUCUGUCUUCCAGCUUGCCAAGACGUAUGGAUCUGUGUUCAAAGUAUAUUUUGGUACCAAGAAAAUCAUUGUCUUAGCAGGGUACAAAACAGUGAAACAAGCACUUGUUAACUAUGCUGAGGAAUUUGGGGAAAGAGAAAUCAAUCACACAUUCAAGUUUGCUGAGGAACAUGGAAUCUUGUUUUCUAAUGGGGAGAACUGGAAAGAGAUGAGACGUUUUGCUUUAACAAACCUUCGAGACUUUGGAAUGGGCAAGAGAGGCAGUGAAGAGAAAAUCACUGAGGAAAUCCAAUACCUUAAAGAAGUGUUUGAGAGCUUUGGAGGAAAACCAUUUGACACAACUGAACCAAUGAACUAUGCUGUCUCCAACAUCAUCUCAUCCAUUGUGUAUGGAAACAGAUUUGAGUACAGUGAUCCUCAAUUCAAAGAAAUGGUCAAAAGGGCAAAUGAGAAUGUCAGGAUUGGUGGGUCAGCUUCUAUGCGAAUCUUCAACAUACUUCCCUGGAUAGGUCCAUUCUUGAAAAGCAGAAGAACACUCCAUGCGAAUGGUGAGAAAAACAAGAAGCAGGUUCGUGAGCUGGUGAAUGCAUAGAAACCUGUAUGCAAGAAAAAAUGCAGUCCAACCGCAUCUCAUGACUGAUAAGAAUUGUAAAUGUUAGCUUUGUGAUUUCUGGUCUCCUAGCAAUCAGGACAGAAAAACUCUCGUUUCAGUGAGAAGAAUCUUAUCGCCACAGUGAUGAAUCUUUUUGUUGCUGGCACUGACACCACUAGCACAACACUGCGCUGGGGGAUGCUGCUUAUGGCUAAGUACCCUCACAUACAGGUUCGGGUCCAUGAGGAGAUUGACAGGGUGAUUGGAGGUCGUCAGCCAGUGGUGGAGGACAGGAAGAACUUGCCUUACACAGAUGCAGUGAUCCAUGAAAUCCAGAGACUGGCCAAUAUAAUUCCCAUGAGUCUACCCCACACCACCAGCUGGCGCAGGGUGUGCCUGGGAGAAAGCCUGGCCAGGAUGGAGCUCUUCCUCUUCUUCAGCUCCCUCCUGCAGCACUUCCGCUUCACUCCUCCACCAGGGGUGUCAGAGGAUCAGCUGGACCUCACAGGUGUGGUUGGGAUUACAGUGAACCCCUCUCCCCACAAGCUUUGUGCAGUGAAACGGACCUAAUCAAAGGAAGAUAAGCAAGGCAAUAAUACUUCAGAGGAUAGGAAAAAGCCUAUUUUUCAUUUUACUUUAUCUUGAUGGAUGUAAAAAAUCCUGAAACCUGUAUAAUAUUACCACAAUUCACUUUUCUAAACGUUAUGUCCUACCUGAAGGAGAACAAUCUCUGAAAUAAUUUAUCAAUCUAGCUUUUAUGGUAGAGUGGCUAGAUGGAAGCCACUCAGGUAAAAUGCAUAGGAUUGACACUUAAAGGACUCUGAAAGCAUGAGGGAAAAGAGUAUUUGUUCUGAUGAGACAAAAAUGAAACUUUUUGGACUGAACAAUACCUGACAACCUGGUAUUGCUCAUCGACUGGUAAUACUGUCCCUACAGUGAAGCAUGUUGGUGGCAACAUCAUGACAUGGGGGCGCUUCUCAGUGGCAGGGACUUUGAGACUGGUCACAACUGAGGGAAGUAUGAAAGCAGUAAAGUACAGAGAUGUUCUUGAAGAAAAUUGCUCCAAUGAGCAUGACAAUGAACUGAAGAAUACAGCCAAGCCAUUGAUGGAGAGACUUAGGGACAAGUCUCUGAACAUUCUUCACCGGCACAGCCAAAGCUCAGACUUGAAGCCACUGUGGAGAGAACUGAAGAUGGCAGUUCACAGUUCCCAAUCAAAUUUGAUUGAGCUUGAAAGGAUCUGCCAGGAAGAAUUGGAGAAACUGCCCAAAUUCAGGUGUGCAAAGUUUAUUCAAGAAGAGUCAGAGCUAUAAUUGUUGCCAAAGGUGUUGCUACAAAGUAUUGAAUAAAGAGUCUGAAUUCCAACUAUUUAAAAAAAGGGUGCUAUUUGAAUAUAAGCUGAUGUUCUGUUGUUGUGCUCUCCUUUCUAGAGCCAGAGUUAUUACUGCACCUAGCGCUAACAGAGGUACAUGCUCCCUCCAGUGGAGGAAGAACAGCAGUAAGUGACAGACAGUUAGCAGAUAGCAGAGAGUUAAUGACAGCGUUGCAAAAUUGGACUAGCCUCCAAGAUCUUGUUUUAUAGCAAAUAAUCAGAAUUAAUGUAAUACAUUUCUGUAAACAAAGGCAAAGUUUCAGGGAACACACUGUAUCUAUGAUGUACAGAACCAUUUACAUUGUAAGAUAUAUUACAAUGAUGAUAGGGAGGGGGAUUAUGGAGUGGAUAAUGUCCGUACGUCAGCCUUAUUUCCCAUGCAAAAGGUUAAGCAAAAGAAGAAAAUUGUGUCUCCCUUUUCCAGUACCUGAAAAUUUUGGGUUAGUUUCAGGACUUUUCAGGACAGGGAACGCACCCUCUGUGUCGAACACAGUUGAACAAAGGUAUAUCUAUAACUGCACAAAAUGAGCUGGUAAACUGUAUGCUGCAUGACUAUAUGUUGUUGACUCUCAACUACAAAUUAUGUGGGUUCUAGAUAGUAGCCUAUAGCAUAAGUCAACUUAAUUUUGUUUGAGGCUAUGUGUGAGUUAUUAAUGUUGUACUGCCCCACCAAAAUCUAUGCCCACCAGCUGCACCUGAUCACAAACCCUUAGAAAUUUAAAGACAUUUAUCAAUACAUUUUCUUUAAUGAGAUCAAGGUCUGUUUCCAGAAGAAAGGAGGCCUAGAGUGGGGCUUAGAGUGACCAAUCAUAGCCAAAGGAACAUGCUUCUUAUACUUGCCCCCAAAGUUUAAAAUUUCCGAUUGACUCACAAGCAGAGUGUAGCUCUUAAAAGGGAGGGAAAGUGAAGCGUGCGUGCCUCAGUGCUCAUGCGCAGAAGUUUCUCUGCAGUCUUGAUUAACUUCUCCAUAUUUCCAAACAGCUUUAUUUGUGUUCAAUUCAAAACACCUCAUGCUCUCUGUUAAUGUGCACGCUCUGUGACACUGUUCCACGCACUGUUCCAGGUCAGUCAUGCUUGUGCUCCCUGUUAAAGAUACUACUUAAAUACCAUAUAUCUACUUCACUGAAAAUAUUCAUAGAGUGAGCAUGGGGCGGCAUGAUUCCAGAACCAAUGUUCCUCUAUUAGUGUUUGCUGCAGUUCCCGUUAUUUGAUCAGCAGGUGUAAUUAUAACACUUAUGGAGCUACAUGGGCACAUACCUAUCAAAUAGCAACAUAAAAAAAAAUGUUGGUGACUAAAAGAGGUAAUUAGUAUUUCAAUGGAAUUUAAAAUGCAUUUUAAAAAAUAAAAUGUAAAAUUUAAAGUGUAUUUGAGUUGUGACUGAGGGUUACAUGAAGAUUGACAUUUGCUGAAAAUGCCAUAUGGACAAGCUGCUACCGCAGCUAAGCUCGUAGUUCAUUUAAUAUAACACUUUCAAUGGAGUUUUACUGGACAUUGGAAUUGUAUUAUAUCUUUUUGUCCUGCGAGUUUCAUGUCUGACAGCCACCUCUCGCCUGCAACUUUUACACUGGAUCCCGUAGUUCUUUAAUACAAACACAUGUCUAAAACAAAUUAGUUUGCAUGUUAAUUAACUGUCACAUUAAUCUAAUGAGUUAAGCCCCAAUAUCACCAUUUAUUCAUUAUUCAGCCUCAACUGAUACUAUAUCACUGAGACACAAUUGAAAUAUCUGAAGGUGCAUCUCAAUACAAUAUGUAAAACUUGCCUGUUGUAAGGCUGAAUAUAUGUUCUUAAGACCUAAAUCCAUAGAUAGCAAUUGCCCAUGAUGUAUGUUGCAUCAUUUAUUUCCCUUACAGCAGAUGUGUCUUUUUAAACACUGGCAUUACGCAAACUACAAAGUGGCCACUGAGUGGGUGUCUAAUAAGAGAAGCUCAAACAUACGUUUAAAUGUUAUGUUUGAUAACAUUCUGGUAUAUUGUCCAUAGCUAGACAGUUCAAUAAAAUCUUGCACUUUUGCAAAUUGCAAAACUGAGUCCUUGAAUUUGCUCCACCUAACAAGACUGGAGUAAAGGUAAACCCUAAACUGACUGACAACUCUUGAGCUGUGCUGUAUCAGCAUUCAUAUAUUUCCUACCAGCAUUCUACUCACAGGACAUUAAAAUGAAACAUUAGCCCAAGUGCAAAGAGUGGCAUAGGUCAUGGAGCUUAGAGACACAAUGCACUACAAAGACUGGUGAAAGUGAAAAACAGUAGUAACUGAUAACAUUAUAGAUAAUUUUGUAGAAGAAUUAGAAAUCUUCAUUUUUAAACCUUGCCACCUUUGCAUUUGCAGAGUGUGGGUGUUGAGUGAAUUAAUGUUUAUGUUUUUAAAUGAAAUUAUGUAGUAUUUUCUGCAGAAUUAUGGUUUAAUGUAGUAAUUUUCAUUAAAUGCUUUAUUCUGGCCAGGGUCAUGCUGGGGUAUAUCCUGGGAACACUUGGUGCAUGGCAGGAAUCUACACCUGAGUGGUGUGUUUUUCAGUGAGUGGUGGCAAGCAUAAACAGGGGAGAAGAGAACCAUGAGAGAGAGAGCUGAGCAGCACAGAGCCGAAUGUACAUGUGUUUGAAUCUGUGUGGUAGAAAAAAAUUGCUGAAAAGUGAAGAGAAUAGUGAGAGAAAAUAAAGAACCUCUUUUAGUUGUCUCAAGCCUGCCUCCCGUCUCCUCAUUUCCAGUCCAACCUGUAAGAGUGUCAGACUGGUGGGUAUGGGAGUAAGGCCUGGGCCAGUCUGCUGGCUUUGCAGGAAACCUGGGCAUUUCCAGGACCAAUGCCACGUGAUGGAGGUGGAGGCAUUGGUCCGGGUCCCUCACGCUCCACAGACCACCCUGAUCAAGCUGGGACAUAGUGUAUACCAGUGAGUAUUCAAGGGGGUACAUACCAUGCAUUAGUGGAUUCAAGCUGCAACCAAACCUCAAUUCACCAGUAUCUGGUAUAAGGUGAGGCACUGGGAACAGCAUGCUGGGUAAGCUGAUUGUUGUAAACCACACUGAUGCUUUUUUGAGGUCAGAUUAAAUUUUUUUUUUAUCAUAACUUUGUUGAAUAUAGUGGCAAUAAUCUGACAUGGAUAAAAGGGAACUGAGAUCUUAUGUUCUGUACCGUUGAAUUAAUCUUGACUAAUAUGUAUUAAUUACCAUUUCUUUUCUUUGUUUCAUUAUUUUUUUAAAUUAAAUUUGCCUUAAGAAAGAAUGGACUAAAUAUUUUGUCAUCGAAGGCGGUCAUCCUGUUCAUAUGCUGUUUAUGGAUCCCUAUGUAAACAUUUAGUAAUGUAAAGUGCUCACUUUGUGCACAAGAGCAUUGUCAUGCUGGAACAUGCAAAAACUAUAACAGCAAAGGCUAGGCCCCUUAGUUUCAGUGUUUCCCAAUUACUAGCUGGAUAUCACAUAGCCAAAUCAAAACCUUU